AUGAGUAAUUUUUUGGGUCUGUGGCCAGUAAAGAGUUUCUUCGCGUAUGUUUUUAAGCGAUCUUUCGGCAAAUUCCUUAAGAAUAAAAUAGACUUUGACAAGUAUGAUUUUAGCUAAAAGAAAAUCACCUUUAGAGAUCUGGAUCUAAAUACAUAGAUGAUAAAUGAAAAUUUGAAGGAUAGCCCGUUCAAAGUGAUCAAUGUCACUAUCAGUUCAGUAUAAGUUAACAAUCCCUCGCUCAAUCUCAUAACAUAGAAGAUCAAUAUAGAAAUACAUAAUAUUGAUGUUAUUUUAAUGCCAGUUCUCAAUGUUACUGAAGAAAAAGUGCACUAGAGUAUCUCCUCUGAUUCAGAUAGCGAAAGUAACAAAGAUGAAAUGAAGAAUGAUUCCUCUUAGAAAUAAUCUGAAGAAUUCAAUGAUUUUGAACCUCAUAGAUCUCUUGAUAUACCAACAUUUUUACUUAGACUUACAAACAUUGAAUACAAAAGGUAAGCUUGUCCUGAUCCUAACACUCGACCGAUAUCUGAUAUACAAGUCAUCCUGGAUGGGAAAAUUUUAGAAGUGAGUGAAGUCUCUCUCCACCUCAUGAGGAACUAUAUACUUAAAUAAAAUGAUUAAAAAUCUAAGCAAAACUCAAACCAUUAGUAAUAAAACUUAUAGCAGUAGCAAAAACUGAAAUUUCCCAUUGAAUAUCCCUAAAUAAAUGAUCCCAGUACUAUCCUUGUUAUAAAACCUAGUCUAAGUUAGUAGAUGACUGGCAAAAAGUCUGCUUUAAGUGUUUAAAUGAGCUUUCCAAAUGAUGUAAAAAGGAAUAGGCUUGAUUUGAAAGCUGAAUUGCCUAACAUUGAGGCACUUUUAUCUUUUGACCAAUUAAAAAGAAUAGUCGAGUUUUCUUAAGACCUCUAACUUUACAUCAGAUAAAAAGAAGGAAGAGUUCCCUGCAUGACUCAAUCUUUCUUUCAUAAACCUAAUGAAAUUGAUGAGGACACACUUGAUCUAUAUGGAACAAUAAUAAAAGACAAGCUUACAAACAAAGACUAAGAGCCGGGCUAUUUUAUUAAAUAUCAAUAAAGAACCAAAGCAUCAACAAAUGUUACUAAGCCAGGUAAGAAGAAAAAACCUUUAAUAAAAACAGAAAAGAUUAUAUGUGGAUAUUUAAAAGCAACAACCAAGAAAAAUGAGUUUGCGAAAUUGAAAGAUGAUCUUAGACAGAGCAUGAUGUAAAGUAGAUUUCAGAGUUCAUAGAAUUCAGAUGAUUUAAAAAACUAAAUGGAUGGUAGUCUGAUCAUUGAUUAGUCUUAAUACUAAUCUAUUAAUGAUAUUUCAGCAAGGAAAUAACCCUUGUCCAUCACAGCUUCAUUUGCAUUGGGAAAAUUGUCUUUAAUUUUUAUCCUCAAUGAGAGUGGGAUCUCUUAUGACAAUGUCUAUGAUUGCAUUCCAACCUUAAAUUAAUAAUAGAAUGUAAGCCAAAUGAUGCCGUUUCCCCCAGGUAAUCUUGUCCAGGACGAUAAUCAUUUGCUAAGACUAGAUCAAAAGAUUGGUUAUUGUCAUUAUAAUUUGGAAGCAAGAUCAUUAAAUAUCGAUUUCAGCCUAAAGCACCUUAAGCGCAGGGACAACAACCCUUUUACUAAAAGAAAGCUAUAUUCUUAGAUGUUUAAAUUAAAGGGAGGGCUUGGCUAGUUAUAGCUGAACAGAUAUGACUUGUAAACAAAGAUUGCUCAGCCAAAUAAUUAAAUUGGAUUAAAUUAGUUUUAUCAACUGGAUAGCUCUACAGCCUAGUAUGAGUCCUUCUCUCAAAAUAGUGCGAUGUUUUAAUCUGCCUAGGAAUUUUACAAGCUAGAACAAACCAAUAUAUACAACACACUUUAUGAUAGCAAAAAUCUGGAAAAGUCCAAUGUUUCUCAUAAAAGGCACGGAAAUAAUGGUGGUCAAAGCCACAUAAAUUAGUAAUCGUAGUGCUAGGUGGCAUAAAAUCUACAAGACAAUCAGUAUCAUACUCAUCCCAUUUAUUUUCAGAAUAUGUUUAAACUGAAUAGCCAUACUCAACAUUUCUGUAGGCAAAGCAUUGUUGACUUUAGAAGCAUUAGCAAGGGUGAAACCAAUAUGAUGGCUUCUGUCCAAUUAUCAAUUCAAGAGGAAAAAAAUUCUAAGUUAAAAUUAUCAGGAGAAGUUAGAUUCGGGGUGUUAAAUGUGAAUUUCGGAUACCCUGAGGUUAUAUUGAUAGGCUAGAUAGCUCGAGAAAUUAGUACUGAUAAGAUCAGGGUUGAAAAGAAACCUGUAGAAUCUAAGGUUAUAAUGGAUAGAUUCGAUGUGAGCGUUGACUUCAUUAAAAUUGAUGUUCUAAAUUCAACAAAUAAUAAGUUUGACUUGAAAUAAAAGUUAGGUCUUAUAAUAGAGAACAACCCUAUUGAGAAUCUAUAACCGAAUGAAUGCUACUGCUAGUAAUAGGCUUAAGCAUCUGAUAUUACUGCCUAGAUAAAUAUAAGAAAUGCAAGUUUGCAAGCAAAAGCUAGUAAAAUUCAAAUUCUUUUAGAAGGAGCUGAGUUAGUUACUAUAGAUCAAUUAAAUUCGAUAUAGCUCAUCAAUUUAUAGACUAUUUCAGUAUUAAUUGAAACGAACAUAUUACCUUCACUACAAAAAUUUCAUAAUGACGAAUAUAACACAUACAUGUAGCAUGAUAGUAAGGCUAUUAUCGUAUUUGAGGAUUAGAUUGAGACUAUUGAUGAUGAGGAAGAAGAAAGCAAAAAUGAAAAAUAAAAUAAGAAAAACUAUUACUCUGAUGAUGAGAAUUGCAAGACUCUUACCAAAGUUAGUAUCAAUGUGAAAAAACUAAAUUCUGACAUAUUAGUAGAUCAAUUAGAGCAGAUAGUAUUUUCUUUAGUUAAGUUAGAGGAAAUGUUCAAAUUUCUAUCACUAUUUGAGGAUAUAGCCAGAGCUUAUGCCUAUGAAAAAACCAAGGAAAAAGAAAAUUUCCCAACAACAUAGUUUUUGCUUUAAAAUAGAAGGAAAAAAGCUCCAAUUAGUACUAUCAUAAACCUGGAAGUAAAUGAUUUAUAAAUACUUAUCUCUAGAAAUAUAUCUAAUAUACAAGCUAAAUUGCUCGAUUCAAAUUGUAUUCAAGUUAAAAACCUACUCAAAAUUAGGUUGGACCAAAUUUAAGCUGAAAUAUAAUUGGGCAUUAGUGUCAAGCAAGAUAGAUUCCUCAUAAAAUCUACUAUUAACUAGCUGAUGCUUAUUGAUUAUUUGCAGACUCCAUCCAAAUUUCAUUAGACUCUAAUCAAUAGAGAGGUUGUUGAUAUCAAUCACUUCAAUCAAGAUUAGAAUAUUCAAAGGAAAUAGGAUAAUUUAAGGGAGUAUCCAGCCUUCAUCGAUGAAUUAAUGGAAUUUUAAGACAAGAUUAUAAUCUAUAAGCAAUAAGGCAUAAGUUAGCCUUUCAUAAUGCUAAAUAUAGAAGCAGUUUUCCAGAAGAAAAAAUUGUUUAAGGAAUUGAUUACUAGUGAUAAUAUUGCUAAUCUUUAUAUUAAGGCUCUUGAAAUGAAUAAUAAUAAUCAAAUAUUGUAACUUAAUGAGGAUCUUCUGUAGAUAAAACGAAAUCCUAUGGAACUUACUUUAAGCAUAAAUGUAAAUGCUCUAUUGAUUAGAUUAACUAUGGAUUAUAAUAUUGUGCUAGAAAUGCUACAAAUUGAAUAGGCUUUUGGAAAAAUUAUAAAGAAAUAUAGAGUAGCCCCUUAGGUAUAAAUAUCAGCUCAAGACCUUAUUAAAAGUGAAAAACUUAGUUCAGAUUAGAUUCAUUUGACUGUAGAGCUUAGUGAUAUAGCAAUUGAUUACCAACCGAUUCUUCACCAGCAAAAAUAUGAAAUGUUUUACAAUGACAAUUUCCUUAGUUUAAAUAUCUCUAAACUGGAUGAAAAAGCUACUCAUUAUAUAAGAUCUCUAUAGAGAGGCAUAUUGUAUCUAGGUGAUUUGAAAGCAAUUUAUUAAAAGAAAGAAAAAUUAAAACUCUAUGAAUUAUCAGUAAGGAAUGUUGGACUGCAUUUACUCUAACAAAACUCUAUUAAUUCAAAUAUGAAUCCAAUUCUACUUUUAGACAAGCAUAAAUCAAUUAAUUCUUAAGGUGGCUAAUCAUACCUAGAUUAUCUUGGAUUCAUCCAAGUAUUUUCUCUUAACCUAGUUGAACUAAGGUACAAAAUUAAAAAAAUAGUCUAGGUGAAACUGAAAUCUCCUACAACAAUUAAUGAAUAAUUAGCUGCAUAAGACGCAUAAACCGAAUCUCUAAAACAAAUAACUAAUGAUAAAAUCGAUGAUUUAUACUAGACCACAUUUGGAGAAAAGGAAUACAUCCCAUUAUUAUCAUAAAUAGACAGUGAUGAAAAUCUAAUCUAUGUAAAAAAAGAGAAAUUGAGACUCUAGGUUAAAAAGAUAAGUCUCUAUUUGGCUAAUGAUUCAUUCCAAACUUUCAAGAAGUUAAUUUAAGUCAUUUAGCAUCAAACUUAAGAAAUAAUCAAAAAGGUUGAAAAGCUACAGAAUAAGGAGCCAAAAGAGAAGAAAAACGUUCACAAGAUCUAUAAGAGUACUGAAGAUGAUGAGGUUGAAAAAAUAUUAAGUUCAUUCUUUUACAUAGAUUAACACUAGCAAGAUGAGGAAAAUAAAGAAUUUAUAGGCAAUAAAGACCUUCCUAAUUAAAAUUGUGACCUUAGCGUUUCUCAAUUAGAAGAUGAUAAUAUAGGUGCAAAUUAAUAUGAAAAUCAUGUACAUCAGUCAGCAUUUUUCUAUCAAGAUAAUUCAAAAUCUCAAAUUGGUUCAUCCUAUUUCAAGAUUGAAUAGGAUGGAAAUGAUAAGUAGUUGGAGUCAAGUGGUAUACUAAAUAUAGAAACAAUUAUUUAAGAUGAGUUUAUCCAAGUUAUAACAGAUGAGAAAUUACAAUAAAUAAAGCACAGAAAAUGUCAUAUUGUGCCAGAGUAAUUUAGAGAGCUAUUUAAGUCAAAGAACUUCUACUUUGAGAUAGAAUGCAUUGAUUUAAAGCUAUUUCAAGGAAAGGAUUUUGAUUUUGAAUAAAAAUAGAACUAUCAAGCGUUCUACUCAAGAGAACUCAGCCAGAAAAUUGACCCGUUUACAGCAAUUUCCUCAUCAUAAUUGAUAGCAGAUAAAGUGCAAGACUUAACUUUGAGUAUAUAAGAGGAUUACUUAGCUUAAAACUAUAACAAAAUACAGAAUCAAAAAUCUAAAAUUAAUACCAAUCAAAGCAUUGGACAUAGCUAAUUAGGGCAAUCUUAAUAUGCUAGGCAACCAAUUACUUAGAACAAAUUUUAACUUGAAAGUUAAAAAAGACCAAGGAAAUCAGGAAGGGGAUUCUACUUUUCUCUUUAACUUAAGAAUAUCGUGUUCAGCUAUUAUAGGAUGAGAGAUUAUAAUGACUAUGAAAAGAUGGACAACAUCUAUGAGAACUCUGUUUAUUCGAUUCAAAAUAUUGCAAUUAAGGAGACUAUUAGCCGAAAAGGAAGACUCUAAAGAGAGUUGCUGCAAAUUCCUUAUUCAUAUCAGUAUGACAAUCAUAUUGAAUUCAGUUACUUCUAUAUAACUUAGAAAGAAAAUGAUGAAAUUGGGAUUAAGCUCUAGAUUUAACCUUUUAAGCUGAUGCUUAAUUAGAAGACUAUAACAUUUUUCCAAGAAUUUUUCGAGAUAGAUUUCACCUAGCAAUCAUCUCAGCCGAAUCCUAAGAAUUUUAUAAGCACUUCUGAAACAGAAAAGUCCUAGGGUUAGUUUUCUGAAUAUUCGGAUAGCAAUUAAAGAUAAGUGUUCAUUUCUUAACUUAAGAUUGUACCUUUCUAAGCAGUGUUUACUUACACAUCCAAUAGAUUAAAUUUUAAAGACCUAAAGGACGGCAGUAAACUAGAAUUUCUGAACAUUUUUAACAUUAAUGACUUGAAAAUAAAUAUAAAGGGGUACGAACUACAAUAAAAAAUUUUGAAGGAUAAAGCUUUGAAGAACCUGCUUGAGUUUUAUAAGGAAGAUUUGACAUAGAAUUAAAAAAUCAAUUUCUUUAAGGCGAUCGGGCCAGUUAGAAGUGUAUUUAAUAUUGCUGGAGCAUUAUAUGGAGUGGUCAAGAAACCCUACCAAGGAUUUUACUCUGAGAAAGGAGUGUUUAAAGGGUUCGGAGAAGGAUUUUACAACUUAUACAAUGUAGUUACUGAGGAGAGUUUCAAUUUCACGAAUAAGGUAAGAUAAUAUGCCGUAAAAUUAAAUUGUAGAUACUUGAUGGUGUAGUCAAAGUAAAGAAAGCAGCAGAGAAAAGACUUUGAAUUGCUAGUCAAUUGA